AAGGGAAGGAGGGAGGGAGGCCGGCAAGGAGGGUGGGAGGGAGGGAGGCCGGCCGGGGAAGGCGGGCCGUGCUGGGCGGAGCGGCCCGGCCUCCUCCACCUCCCUCUUCCUCCGCGAUUGGCCCGGCCCGCCCCUCUCCCCGGCACCCCGGCCUCCUCCCUCCGCGGCUAAAGCGGGCAGUAGGUGAGGGGAAGGCGGCCAGACGGGAGCAUGCCCGCUGCUCCGCACCACCACCGCCACCACCGUCGCCAGCCUCUACCGCUGCCACCACCUCCGCCACCUCGCCGAGCCUCCCUGCCCGGCCUCCAGCGCGGCUCCCGGCUCCCGGCGCCGCGCUGGGCUCUGCGUUAAGCGGCGGAGGCUGCGAUGCGCAAACCACCGCAGCCUCCCCUCGCCGCGCAGCCUCCCGCCGCCUGACGACGCGGCCCCGGGCCUCCCUGCGCCCCCCGCGGAGGGAGGUAAUCUGGCUUCUCAGAAACCUCCUGCUAAAUGCAAGGGUUUGCUGUCCUGUUUACUGACUGUUACACCUGAGGCUGAUUUUAAUACAGAUUCUGGAUAUCAUAGGGCUCACAGAAUCGCUGAGGUUGGAAGGCACCUCUGGAGAUCGUGCAGACCGACCCCUGCUCGGAGCUGGCUGCCCUCAGCACUCCAUGUUGCCUGAUGCUUGGACUGUAUAGUUAGGAAAAUCCAGAAUUCAGCAUUCUUGAUGGGGAGAGCACUGCUGAAGGUUAAGAAAACAACACACCUAAGUUAUUUAAUAUGUUGAAAUUCUGUUGUGUACACACUCAUCCUCCUGCUGAGUUUAAUGGAAAUGUGUGUGUAUUCCUCUGACCUAGGACACCAUUUAGUCACUGUCUUUGCGUUCUUAUAAAUGUAAAGUGUCUUGAUUGUAAUAGAACUAUUUAUUUUGCCUCUUUUUUUUUUUUCCCUUUCAUCACUGAUUCCCUUUUCUACCCUGAAGAGAAUUAAAUUUCCUACCUGUGAACUCAACUGCUGUUGCAGCAAGUUGAAAGACAGGAUGCUAAAUGCGUUUGUUGGUACUUAUUGAGAAUGUCUACAUUGUAGUCACAGAAGUAAUUGCAGUUUCAUGCAAAUAUACUCAAUCUAGCUUGGUAUAUGCAAAUACACCAAAUCAGCUAGUUCAAGCACCAAUAAUGAUCUAGCCACACUCUGAUGGGGUUUGUAAUAAGCUAGCGUACCCUGCUGCUGCUCAGGCUAAUUUACGGUGCUUGUAUAUACAUUGCAACCAUAUGACCAUGCCCUUUACUGCUGCAUGAUGUGCUUGUGGGUGGUUUUUUUAAUUAUUUAUCAUUUUUUCCUAGGAAAAAGUCUUUCUCGCACUUUGCAUUUCAAAAGCCCUUUCUUUGAGGAACUUGCUGUUGGAUCAGAUAGGACUAAGGUUAAGUGGUGACCACAUUUUCUCAGGAACAUAGAUGCUGCUGGCAUGGAUCUCAUCACUGUCCCAGUGCAGGCGUUCUUUGGCAGAAAACAUCUUUCAAGAGAGCAGUGUCCUUUAUUUUUAUCUGAUUUUGCUUAAGUCGAAAGCUCGUAUACUGUGGGAAGUCUGGGAAUUCAUAGCCACUUUUUUUUUUGAGUCAUAACCACAGCAAUGCAGUGGUGUUGUGUGAAGGAAAUGAGAAAAAUGGAUAACCAGAUCGGAAUGAUCCAGGAAUUUAACUCCAUGGGAAUGCUGACUUGGACUGGAGGUGAUGUUUGGUUUUACACAUACAGCACAAGAAUGUGCUUUGAGCGGCCCAAUAGCCGUGUGCUGGGGAAGUGGUUUCUGUAUGCCUUAGUAAAGAAAAUGCCACAAGAAGCAUGGCAGUUCAUGGUUCUUAAAAACUGCUUAGUGUGCAGGACUUGACAACUUUGAAGAAUUAUAUACUUCUUUUUAUACCACACGACCCACUUUACAUGCAAGGACUUGCAUCCACGGUUCCAAUUAACGUUACUCUUGUAAGUAAAUGUCCAGCGUUACCUCUUUUGUCUUGUGCAAAAAUCCCAGCUCACAUGUGGUGAAUUGUUUUGGCAGUGGCCUUUCCAUUACCAGUGGGGGAGGAUCGUGAAAAGCUACUGUCUAGACCUACUUGCAGAACUAUUAUGGCGAAAAGAAUAAUCUUACAGGAGAAGUUCCUAUUUCCAGGACCUAUUUGUACAUUCUGACUCCUCUCCGUAUAAUAGGAUUACACAUUUCUUAUCACAACUGCAAACUGGAUGUGUGCCAGCCAUAAACUGUGCACAGUGUAACAAUAUGAUUGCAGGCAAUCUUUUUCCCUGCCUUCCUCUUUCUCUCCAUUCCUUCUUAUUCUAGGUUAAGGGGAAAAAAAAAUAUAUUAGUGUGGGAUGAAUCAUAGAGCAUCGCUUAAAACAUUACUAUAGCCUGGCAUAUAGAAGCAAAACCACUUGACCAAUGGGAACUAAUUACAGACAAGAAGUGUGCCUUAGGAGAAAAAGAUAUUGAUGUUUGAAGUGUUUCUUUAAUGCAUAUGUUUGAAUUUGGGGGUAGAAUUAAGAUUCUGUUGCUUUGAGGGAAUCUUCAUCUAUUCAUAUGGUAAAUGUGGGAUUGAUGCCUAUAGCUGAAUGAUUAUGGACAGACACACAUUGCAUUGCUGUUUUAUUUAACAUAUGAGUUUGAUUUACAUAGCACUAUUGCAGUAAUUCUGUCUGCAGUGUGCUGGACUGCAAUAUAUUAAACAGGUAAAAUAAUUUUGGUCUGAGGUAACUUAAAGCUAAAUAAAUGCUGGAGAGGGAGAUCUGAGCAUGUGCUGGUUAUCUUUAAAUAGGUUAAAUAAAGGAGAAAAAAAAAACACCAACACCCCCACCCUCAAAAACAGACCAACAAACAAAUGUAAUAUACAUGAUCACAAGUGGAAUUCUUUUAUGGUCUUACGGUUAAAUGUUUAUCUAGCUAUCUGCAGGGAAAUGUGUAUUUUCUUGGAGUCUGGCCAGGUGUCAGUGGUGUUUGGCAAGGAGAAGGCAACCCAGAUUGCCCUCCCUCAGCAUCCAUACCAAGCGCAUUCGCUACAGCUAUUUCGGGAUUUUUAAACUUCAGUCUGGGAAAGUGCAAUACGUCUGCUGGGAUGAGCUGCAAGCAGUCGUUGCGGCGGCUCAGCCUCUGUUGAACAUGGGCUGAAUUGUGAACAAACGUGGCAACGUCAGUGGCAUUUGGAAUCUGCUCUAUGUCUCGGCUGCAAAAAUAAGAAUGUCUGUGUCACUUCUGAAAUACCUUCUCGCAGUGUAGAGGUGAGGCAGUCAUCUUUUUCUUGCUGUUUGGAUUAGCUCACAAACUACAGGUGGAAGAAGAAUAGUUUUAAGUGGGUUUGUUCCUCAGUUCCAGUUUUGGAAAGACAAAGCUUUGAAGAUGAUUGCUGGAUUACCUCAGCUGUGAGAUCUUGUUUGUCCUGGAUCCCUCCUUCAAUGCAUCGUUGCCUCCCUGAAACAAAUGUGAAGGCACGCUCUCGAGUUCCCUUUGAGAAGCAGCCGCCCUCCACCGAGAUGUCACGGCACCACAGCCGGUUUGAAAGAGAUUAUCGGGCCGGGUGGGAUCGCCGGGACUGGAGCUCCAACGGCAACCACGUCGGCAGCACCAACUGCAGCAGCGCCGCCAGCACCACCAGCACCAACCGCCCCGGGCUGCUGCCCCUGCCCAUCGUCCCCUCCCGGCUCCCCACCCCGGCCACCGCCGCCUGCACCACCGGCAACAGCGACGUGAUCACGAGCCUGGUGGCCAACUCGUCUCCAGCUUCGACGACCAAAUGUCGUGCGCUGAUGUCCCUGGUGUCCUGGAGCAGCAAGUGUCGCAGCCGGGACCUCGGUUCGAUACCUCAGCUCCGUUCCCUGAUGUUCUCGCUGAGAAACGAAGGCAGCUGGGCACCUUGCAUUUCCAAGACUGAAAAUCAGCCUCAAGGACUUGCAACCAGCGUUAGGUGGGGACAGACACCCAUCAAUCAGUCUACACCCUGGGACACUGAUGAGCCACCCUCUAAACAGAUGAGGGAGAAUGAAAACCCAGGUGCAGCUCCCUGGGUCACCACGGUGGCGGCCGGCAGCCAGCCCGCCCUCAUCACCCACUCCUACGGGAUGACGCAGCCGCCCACCUUCAGCCCAGCCGCCAACGUCCAGGCCCCUGUCAUCGGCGUCACGCCUUCCCUCCCUCCGCACGUCACCCCCCAGCUCCCGCUGAUGCCGGCUCACUACCAGCUCCAGCCGCAGCCCUCCCAGCCCCUCAGCAACAUGGUGGUCAACCUCCAGAGCCAGCCCUUGUACACCAACAGCCAGCCCCUCAGCAUGUCCUCCAUGAGCGGCGUGGGCCCAGUGGCCCACCCGGGCCCCGGGGCGGUGGGCAAUGGCCACCUGGCUUGUCCCAUGCUGCCGCCGCCGCCGCCAGCCCUGCCCUCGGCCGCUCUGCCCAGCAGCGCGCCCACUACCAACGGGCAGGCGGCCGCCCCGCUGCCCCCCAACACGGCGGGGGGCCCGGACAACACCAACAGGGUGCAGAUGCUGCGGACAAUCGGCGUGGGGAAGUACGAGUUCACGGACCCCUGGCACCCCAAAGAAAUGUUGAAGGAGUUGAACCAGCAACGCAGAGCGAAAGAGUUUACAGACCUGAAAAUUAUUGUUGAAGGCAAAGAGUUUGAAGUCCACCAAAAUGUUCUAGCUUCCUGCAGCUUGUAUUUCAAGGACCUGAUUAAAAGGUCACCACGAGACAGUAGCAGAAGUGGGGAGAAGCUGGAAUUGGCCAUGUCCAACCUCACUGCGGAUGUCCUGGAAUUACUCCUGGAGUUUGUUUACACAGGUUCUUUGAUCAUAGAUUCAGCCAAUGCAAAAACCCUUCUGGAAGCUGCCAGCAAGUUCCAGUUUCAUACUUUCUGUAAAGUCUGCGUUUCAUUUCUAGAGAAACAGCUGACUGCUAGCAACUGUUUAGGAAUAUUAGCCAUGGCUGAAGCCAUGCAGUGCACUGAACUAUACAACAUGGCCAAAGCAUACGCCCUGCAGAUUUUCCCAGAGGUGGCAAACCAAGAAGAGAUCCUUAAUAUCUCAAAAGACGACUUCAUUUCCUACAUGUCCAACGACAGCUUGAACACCAAAGCAGAGGAGCUGGUGUAUGAAACAGUGAUAAAGUGGAUUAAGAAGGACGCUGCAAUCAGAGCUCAGUACGCCGCGGAGCUGCUGGCAGUGGUGCGCCUCCCCUUCAUCCAUCCCAGCUAUCUGCUAAACGUUGUUGACAACGAGGAGUUGAUAAAGUCUUCAGAGGCCUGCCGGGAUCUGGUGAACGAAGCCAAGCGUUAUCACAUGUUGCCGCACGCCCGACAGGAGAUGCAGACGCCGAGGACCCGGCCCAGGCUCUCUGCAGGUGUAGCUGAGGUGAUAGUCUUAGUUGGGGGUCGUCAGAUGAUUGGCAUGAAUCAACGUGCUUUAACAGCAGUCACUUGCUUAAAUCCUCAAAACAACAAGUGGUACCCCUUGGCCAGCCUCCCCUUCUAUGAUCGAGAGUUUUUCAGUGUGGUCAGCGCUGGAGACAACAUUUAUCUCUCAGGCGGCAUGGAGUCGGGUGUCACACUCGCCGAUGUCUGGUGUUACAUGUCCUUGCUCGAUAACUGGAACCUCGUGUCCCGAAUGACAGUCCCCAGGUGUCGACAUAACAGUCUGGUGUACGAUGGGAAAAUAUAUACCAUUGGAGGGGUCGGCGUGGCAGGCAACGUUGACCAUGUGGAAAGGUACGAUACAAUCACCAACCAGUGGGAGACCAUUGCUCCUCUGCCCAAGGCCGUGCAUUCAGCCGCUGCUACCGUUUGCGGUGGGAAGAUCUACGUCUUCGGUGGGGUGAAUGAAGCCGGACGGGCUGCUGGGGUCUUACAGUCCUACAUCCCCCAGACUAAUUCGUGGAGUUUUAUAGAAUCUCCAAUGAUUGAUAACAAAUAUGCUCCUGCAGUCACUCUCAAUGGGUUCAUCUUUAUUCUUGGAGGAGCUUAUGCACGGGCAACCACCAUCUAUGACCCAGAGAAAGGCAAUAUUAAAGCAGGUCCCAACAUGAACCACUCCAGGCAGUUCUGCAGUGCUGUGGUUCUUGACGGAAAAAUUUACGCCACCGGUGGCAUUGUUAGCAGCGAAGGACCUGCCCUGGGCAACAUGGAAGCCUACGACCCUAAAACGAAUACCUGGACACUUCUACCAAAUAUGCCAUGCCCUGUUUUUCGACAUGGCUGCGUAGUAAUCAAGAAGUACAUUCAGAGCGGCUGAUGCAACCAAGGAGUUGGACAGAGAACUGUUUGUACCUGUUAAGAGCAGGCAAGGAGAACACUACUACUAAUCACAAAAGCAGCAAAGACAGCCAGCCAGUGAACACAUUGCUCUAAAGUCUUGAAUAGUGUCUACAUUGAAUGUAGAAAAAUCAUCCUCACCUUUUGGUGAACGAGGAGCAGAGAGCUCCGUGCUAUGUAAGAUAUUGUAACAAUAAUACAAGUGUGUCACUAGAUGUUAUAGUGGCACUUGUUCUGGACGUCGGCUUUUGGUCAACCCAGGUGCAAUAGAAUUUCACAUAUUUUUUAAGCUGGGGAAGAGAGGAAAAAAAAAAUCUGCAUUUUACUUCUAGAGCUCAAGCUUGAUUCUUAAAAUAACCGUGCAGAUUAGUUUUACUAUUACACUUUAGGCAUCAAUCUAUUUGAAAGGUCAAAGUGUCCUUACCACUUUGAUUCCUACAUUUGUUUUUAACAAAUACACACUUUUCAAUACCAAUGACUGAGAGAAAUCUUGUGUGACAGAUGGCUUACAUUGAUGUCAGUCUUCCAUCAGAUCAAAUGAAUAUUUCAGUUCUCUAGAGCAGAGCCCAGAAGGGGGGAAGAAGCGGGGGCUGGGGAGAAGAGGAGCCAUUGGUAACACAAUUCCAUGUAAUAUGAGGAAAAAAAAAAAAAAAAAGGUCUGUUGGGCUGUAUGAAUUUCUGCUCCUGGCGAUACUUGUGUGGGCACGCACGCAUCUGUUGGCGGUGGGGCUUCUAGCGUUUCCUCCUGGUUCCUGCUGACGAGCAAACAUGACAGUGCUCGAUCCCUGGAACACGAAAUUAAAACGGUUUCCAAUCCAGAGGUAUCCUCCCGAUUGAACAGCACUUCGGUUCUGUGGAUUAGGAUGGUGGCAUUGUAGCAGCGUAGUGUGAGAUUCCCACGUUUCCAACAAGUGGAGGAGCAGAUGCCUCUGGCUGUGGCUACACACUCAGUUUUGGCUCUCAACCAAAAUUCCUUACGUUGGGACAUACGCCACUAUCGGUUCCUUAUAUGUAAAGUCUGAGAAGUUUUUUUUGUUGUUGUUUUUUAAAGUUUCCCCGUAGGUGUGGAAAUCUUACCUUAUUUACAGAUUUUAAACACACAAGUUUAAAUCCCAUGGUAGAAAAAUGCAUAGACUUAAGCCCAGUAUAAGAGACAUAAAAUGAUUACUAUGUAGAGUUGUAAGUAUAUGCACAGCACAGGGGUUAUAUUUUUAUAUAUAUUAAAAUAUUGUCUAUCCAGAGAGCAUUGUGAUGUGGAAAUUCUUUAUAAAUUUAUACAUAAAAGGAUGAAAUGGGAGAUGGAGUGGGAGACAGAGAGGGGGCAGGGGAAAGAUUCUUAAAGUUAACAAAUAGGAAGUAACCCCAAGCUAAGGAUUGCCUGAUUUCUUUCCAAGUAGAGGGAAAAAAGUUGCCAUUCUUGCCUUUGCAGACUCCAAACACCAUGCCACUAAUUCAAGCAGGAGGUCCUCUACAGGGUGUGGGUGAGAUCCUACAGUCAAUAUCUGGUUGAAUUUCAUACCAAAUACGUUCACCUUUUUAUACUGAGGGAGGUCUGCCUACAGCUUUGGGGAAAUCAAUGCAGAUGUUAGCUAAUCAUCUUAUUUUAUUAAUAACCGUUUAUAAAAUAAAUAAAAAAAAAUGAAAUUUGUAUCUUGCAGUAUUUAAAGAAAAAAAAGUGCUCAAGUCAGCUGAGUCAAGCUCUACGGUGACUCAAAUCUCUCAUUUUGACAGUGAGGUUCCAGCCUUUGUUAUGCAGUUGUUUUAUUUAUUCUUUAAAAAAAAUAAUAAGCACAACAAAAAAUAUAUACUAGUAUGUCAUUUAAAGUAUUUAUGUCAAGCAGGGUGCAAGUGUGAACCUAACGAUUGGAGCACAAGUUUCUAACUGCCUGGGGCAGAACUAAUUUUAGUGUUGGUGUGUGUCUGCCUCCAAAGGAGGUGCUACCUGUCAGCAAGACCUAAACACAUUCAACAUUUCCAAUUUAGCUUAUUUCUUCAUUUCUCACACUGGAACAAAACUGGCUAUUUCUGUGAAUAAUAUUAAAAACAGGGUUAUCUGUAAUGGUAUUGUAUAUAGUUUAUGUUUACUGUUAAGUUCUUGUUAUAUUAUAAUAAAUAUAUUUAUAGAUCUAGA